AUGGCCCACUACGAGCUGCGCAUCGUCUUACCAGACAGCUCGCCUGUUCAGGAGAUGUUGGAUGCGCUGCGCGCUGAGCCCGGGCGCGAGAAGCUGCUUCCGAGGGGCCCUGCGCAUGUCACCCUGGGAGAAUUUUGGUGCGAUGACACGGAUGCGACAACCAAGAUAGCACAACUCCGGGCCUUGUGUGCGAACUGCGGCCCAAUGUCGCUGCGCAUCUCUGGGAGCUCACUGUACUGGCGGCGCCGAACAGCAGCCUACUACCUUCCCGCAGAGCUCGUAUCCGCCGAUUCACACUUCCUGACCACUCUGCGAAAGAGCGGGCUCCUGGACAAAUGCACGGAGACCCUACAUGUCUCGAUGGGGCGACAGCAGGAACCUCCCAAGUUGCAGGAUACUGAAGAGCGAUGCGACUUCCUCACACUGCUCAAGCUGGACGGGAAGCGGACGCGGAAUUUUCUGGAGGCCGUUGACAUUCCGCUGGAUCAUGGCAGAGACGUCCUGCAGUGA